CGGACUUAACCCGUGUCACUCUGCUGGCAGGCGUGGCAUUGCCUCAGCAAGACUAGAAGGGAAAAAAACCCUAAUUUGCGCCCUUCCCUCUCCCCUCUUUAUUUUAAGACUACCCAGACAGACAAAACCGUUUCGCCACCUCCCCUCACUAUCACAGCGCUGCUCUGAGCUCUCCUCUCCUUCCCCAAAACUGCAAAAUCAACUGUCUGAUUCCUAGUCCAUCCAUACAAUAUAUGUGUAUAUAGCUCCAUUUCGUCCAUCUCUCUGGGUUUUCCAAUUUGAACAGACGCGACAAACAAUGAGCAGUCAUUGCUUGAACCGCUGCGAAGCUCUGUCUUCGACUUCUCUCAUGCACACCGCGGCAGCCUCACCCGACCGCCGUCUUCCCCGUCCCGGAAGCUUCUCCUUGUUCUCCUCCCGCCGGAACGGCAGCUUCUCUUCUCUGAAUCUCCACUCAUGCCGGCACCGGCGGCAGAUUCGCCACUCCAAGGGGUGUAUCAAAUCCGCCGUUGUGCGCUGCAGCUCGGCGGAGUCUAGCGAAGCGGCGGUGGAGGCGAAGGUUGUCGGAAAGAGGAGCGAUUUCAAGAAAAUUAUGAUACUUGGUGCGGGACCGAUUGUGAUUGGGCAAGCUUGCGAGUUCGAUUACUCGGGGACUCAGGCCUGCAAGGCGCUCAAGGAGGAAGGAUACGAGGUCGUGCUGAUCAAUUCGAACCCAGCUACAAUCAUGACGGACCCGGAAUUGGCCGACCGGACUUACGUGGCUCCGCUGACUCCCGAGGUAGUGGAGCGAAUCAUUGAGAAGGAGCGGCCCGAUGCGCUGCUGCCGACCAUGGGUGGCCAGACCGCACUGAACCUCGCCGUUGCCUUGGCGGAAAAUGGUGCAUUGGACAAGUACAAUGUGGAGUUGAUUGGAGCGAAGCUGGAAGCUAUCAAGAAGGCUGAGGAUAGGGAUCUUUUCAAGCAGGCUAUGAAGAAUAUUGGGAUCAAGACGCCGCCAUCUGGGAUUGGAACUACGCUGGAUGAGUGUAUUCAGAUUGCUCAGGAUAUUGGGGAGUUCCCAUUGAUCAUCAGACCGGCUUUUACUUUGGGCGGGACAGGUGGUGGAAUUGCUUACAAUAAGGAGGAGUUCGAGUCUAUUUGCAAGGCGGGGCUGAAUGCGAGCUUGACUACGCAGGUUUUGGUGGAGAAGUCGUUGCUUGGAUGGAAAGAGUAUGAAUUGGAGGUGAUGCGUGAUUUGGCGGAUAACGUGGUGAUUAUUUGCUCGAUUGAGAAUAUUGAUGCCAUGGGUGUUCAUACCGGAGAUUCGAUCACCGUGGCCCCAGCUCAGACUCUGACGGAUAAGGAGUACCAGAGGCUGAGAGACUAUUCGAUUAAGAUUAUAAGGGAGAUUGGAGUGGAGUGUGGAGGGUCUAAUGUUCAGUUUGCUGUUAAUCCUGUUGACGGGGAGGUUAUGGUGAUCGAAAUGAAUCCUAGGGUGUCGAGGUCGUCGGCCUUGGCUUCCAAGGCUACUGGGUUUCCCAUUGCCAAAAUGGCGGCUAAAUUAUCUGUUGGGUACUCCCUGGACCAGAUCCCCAAUGAUAUUACAAAGAAGACGCCUGCUAGCUUUGAACCUUCAAUUGAUUAUGUGGUUACUAAGAUACCUCGAUUUGCAUUCGAGAAGUUCCCAGGUUCUCAACCGAUACUCACAACUCAGAUGAAAUCUGUUGGUGAAGACAUGGCAAUGGGCCGCACAUUUCAAGAGUCCUUUCAAAAAGCUGUUCGGGGGUUGGAGUGUGGUUACCCAGGAUGGGGUUGUUCACGUAUCAAGGAACUCGAAUGGGAUUGGGACCGAUUGAAAUACAACCUACGAGUUCCAAACCCAAAUCGCAUCCAUUCUGUGUAUGCAGCUAUGAAGAAGGGAAUGAAAGUGGAUGAGAUUCAUGAAUUGAGUUACAUUGACAAAUGGUUCCUUACCCAGCUUAAAGAGUUGGUGGAUGUGGAACAGUAUCUCAUGUCCAAGAGCUUGUCUGAUUUAACAAAGGAUGACCUGUAUGAGGUUAAAAAGCGAGGUUUUAGCGACAGACAGGUAGCAUUUGCCACUAAGUCAACAGAAAAGGAUGUUAGAGAACGCCGAUUGUCUUUUGGCAUUACUCCAGCCUAUAAGCGAGUGGAUACCUGCGCUGCAGAGUUUGAGGCUGAUACUCCCUACCUGUACUCAUCAUAUGAUUCUGAAUGUGAGGCAACUCCUACUUCAAGGAAAAAGGUUUUGAUUUUAGGUGGGGGCCCCAACCGUAUUGGACAGGGUAUUGAGUUUGAUUACUGCUGUUGCCACACAUCAUUUGCCCUCCAGGAUGCAGGAUAUGAGACUAUAAUGAUGAACUCAAAUCCGGAGACAGUGUCAACAGAUUAUGAUACAAGUGAUCGUCUCUAUUUUGAACCUUUAACUGUUGAAGAUGUUCUGAAUGUUAUUGAUCUAGAACGACCUGAUGGCAUAAUUGUCCAGUUUGGAGGUCAAACCCCACUAAAACUGGCUUUGCCUAUUCAGCAAUACUUGGACGAGAAUAAGCCAAUGGCAGCUAGUGGGGUUGGGCCUGUUCGCAUCUGGGGCACAACACCUGAUAACAUUGAUGCUGCUGAAGACAGAGAGAGGUUCAAUGCCAUUCUCAAAGAGUUGCAAAUCGAGCAGCCUAAAGGAGGCAUUGCCAAGAGCGAAGCUGAUGCUCUGUCUAUUGCAUCAGAAAUUGGUUAUCCUGUUGUUGUCCGGCCAUCGUAUGUGCUAGGUGGCCGAGCCAUGGAGAUCGUGUAUAGUGAUGAAAAGCUAAUCACUUACCUCGAAAAUGCAGUCGAGGUGGACCCAGAGCGGCCAGUUUUGAUCGAUAAGUAUCUCUCAGAUGCCGUCGAGAUUGAUAUCGAUGCUCUGGCGGACUCAAAUGGAAACGUUGUUAUUGGUGGCAUUAUGGAGCACAUCGAGCAGGCUGGGGUCCACUCUGGUGACUCGGCUUGCAUUCUCCCGACGCAGACUAUCUCUUCAUCAUGUUUAGCAACAAUAAGGACAUGGACAGAGAAAUUGGCUAAACGUAUAAACGUGUGUGGUUUGAUGAACUGCCAGUAUGCAAUCACUGCAGCUGGAGAUGUUUUCUUGCUGGAAGCAAAUCCCCGUGCCUCUCGAACUGUUCCUUUUGUCUCCAAGACAAUAGGCCACCCGUUGGCUAAAUAUGCUGCUCUUGUCAUGUCCGGGAAGUCGCUUCAUGACUUGGGCUUUACUAAAGAGGUGAUCCCUUCACAUGUUGCUGUGAAGGAAGCAGUGCUUCCGUUCGAGAAAUUUGCAGGUUGCGAUGUGCUGUUGGGACCUGAGAUGAGAAGUACAGGAGAGGUGAUGGGGAUCGAUUUUCAAGUGGCUGUUGCCUUCGCAAAGGCUCAGUUGGCCGCUGGGCAGAAGCUGCCUUUGUCAGGGACGGUUUUCUUGAGCCUCAACGACUUGACAAAACCACAUCUUGAGAGGCUGGCUAAGGCAUUUAUAGAACUAGGGUUCAGGAUCAUUGCCACAUCUGGGUCGGCUCACUUCCUUGAACUGAAAGGUAUCCCUGUGGAGAGAGUGUUGAAGAUGCACGAGGGUCGCCCGCAUGCUGGCGAUAUGCUGGCGAAUGGGGAUAUUCAUCUGGUGGUGAUCACUAGCUCGGGGGAUGCUCUGGACCAGAUUGAUGGCAGGCAGCUGAGACGGAUGGCUCUUGCAUACAAGGUUCCAAUAAUCACAACGGUUGCAGGUGCUUUGGCAACUGCUGACGCGAUAAAGAGCCUGGCGUCACGUCCUUUUGAUGUGAUGCCGCUUCAGGACUUUUUUGAUGUGGAGCUGCUGGAACAGAGAAGUAAAAAGUUGCAAUCAGCAUCGAUUUCCUUGUGAUUUUUGGGGGCAGCAUGUUUUCUAUUUUGCAGUAGGUGGGGACUAUGUUUGUGUUCUAAUGGCUUGGAAUUUUGUGUGUUAAGCAAGUGUAACCUGUUAUUGGGGUGCUGUUGUCUUGCACUAGAUUGUCGAUCGGGCAAUGAAGAGAGACGCAAUGGAAUACAUAAGAGUCUCUUCCCGUUGCUGAAGUAAAAAUCUUUUCCAUUUUGGUCAAGGUGGUUUGAAACCACUGGUUUCCAGUCACUAUUAUCAAAGAGCUGGCAGUAAGUUUGUUUAGUGGUAUGGCCUAGGGGCUAAGCUAGGAUGUUCUCUUGUCAAGUUUUACUAAUUCGAGCUGUUAAUAUUUGUUCGGGUUAAUUGCACGGUUGGUCACUGAGAUUAUAAAAAACAUUCAUGUUUGGUCACUGGAAAUAUUUAAAUCCAAUCUUGGUCACUCAAAUUUGUUAAAUGGUUCAAGUUUGGUCACUCUUGGUUACCUUCCGUCAAUCUCCG